AUUAUAUUUUGUGUUCUAAAGACACCCUAAACAAUUCAGAAAUAUCUCUUCAGAUUUGGGAAGGUGGUCGUCUACUCAUCUGAGCAUUAAUCUGUCGCACCUGACCAAGCGUAGCGACCAGUGAUGAAACCUUUGUUAUACACGAAAGAUUCUUCAGAGCGUAUCCCAAGAGCUGUUGUCUGGGAGAUCUUCCAUGUGCUCGUAUAGACGGCAAGGCGAAACGAUCAUGCCUCGCGAGUCGUCACUGCUUCUCUCAGAAGAACAACGAUUGAUUACGCCCGAGUCUUGAGCGUGGAUUUGACGCGGAAUCUUGCCACGAAACGGACGAGCUCAUUCCUCUUCACUUUUCAACUUUUCAUCACAUGCCAGCGGAGGUGGAGCUGGGAUGGCAAUGGCAAAACUUUAAUCUUUUCCAUUAAAAGAAUCGUAAAGGAUUACUACUAAACGAGCACGCUCGCAGGCGCCGUGGCCUUCCUCUCUGGGUCAGGUUCAGGUUCAGGCUUUCAGUUCUCACAUCACAAUCGCAUCCACCCAAGCCCGCAUCCCCAACCCCAACCCGGCGAUGGAAAUGGAAUCCGCCGCCGUGGCCAUCGUCACGGUGCCGUUCCCGGCGCAGGGCCACCUGAACCAGCUGCUACACCUAUCCCUACUCCUCGCCGCGCGGGGGCUCCCCGUCCACUUCGCCGCGCCGGAGCCGCACCUCCGCGAGGCCCGCGCGCGCCUGCACGGCUGGGACGGCACCCUCCCCGCGGCGGUGCGCUUCCGCGCGCUGGACGUCCCCCCGCACGAGUCCCCCUCCCCCGACCCGUCCUCACCGUUCCCGGCGCACAUGCUGCCGCUCUUCGAGGCCUACUGCGGCGGCGCGCGGGCCCCGCUGGCCGCGCUCCUGGCGGAGCUGUCCGCGACCCACCGCCGCGUCGUCGUCCUCCACGACCGCAUGGCCGCGUUCGCGGCGGCCGAGGCCGCGCGCUUGCCCAACGCCGACGCCCUCGGCGUGCACUGCCUCGCCGCCUCCUACAACGUCGGGUGGGCGGACCGGGAGCACGCCCUGCUGCGCCGCCACGGCCUCGUCUUCCACCCGCCCGACGCCUGCGCCACUCAGGAGUUCGUCGCGCUCGCCAGGCGGAUGGGGCAGGAGCGCCGGCGCGCGCCGGGUGCCGGCAUGGUCGUCAACACCUGCCGCGCGCUCGAGGGCGACUUCCUCGACGCGCUCCAGGGGAUCCCGUCCUCCGACGGCCAAAGGCUGUUCGCCGUCGGGCCUCUCAGCCCGGUGCUCCUCCCACUCCCCGGCGCCGGCGCGAGCAGCGGGACCUCGCGGCGGCACGAGUGCCUGGACUGGCUGGACGCGCAGCCGGCGUCGUCGGUGCUGUACGUCUCGUUCGGCACGACGUCGUCGCUGCGCCCGGAGCAGGUGCGCGAGCUGGCCGCCGCGCUGCGGGACAGCGGGGCGCGCUUCGUGUGGGUGCUGCGCGACGCCGACCGCGCGGACCUGCGCAGCGGCGGGGAGGGGGAUGCCGCGGCCGAGACCCUCCGUGCCGCCGCGGCGUCCGAGCUCGGCCCCGGCGCCUCCCGCGCUGGCGUGGUGGUCACCGGGUGGGCGCCGCAGCUGGAGAUCCUGGCGCACGGCGCGACGGCGGCGUUCAUGAGCCACUGCGGAUGGAACUCCACCGUGGAGAGCCUCAGCCACGGGAAGCCCAUCCUGGCGUGGCCCAUGCACAGCGACCAGCCCUGGGACGCCGAGCUCGUCUGCAAGUACCUCCGCGCCGGCGUGCUCGUGCGCCCCUGGGAGCGGCGCCACGACGUGAUCCCCGCGGCCGCGAUCCGCGACGCCAUCGACAGGGUCAUGGCCUCCGACGAAGGCGCGGAGAUCCGGCGGCGGGCGGCCGCGCUCGGGGAGGCCGUCCGUGGCGCCGUGGCCGAGGGCGGGUCGUCUAGGCAGGACCUGGACGAGCUCGUCGCGUACGUGACGAGGUGAUCGAUGAUCCGUGCGGCGACUGUGCCGCGUUGUGGCGUGGUGCUGUUUGUGGAUUAACCCAUCUGAUGCUAUUUGUUAAGCACACUCUGUUAUUACUGAGAUGAAGCUGAAGGUUUAGACCAGGCUAUGAUUUCGAUUUGAUAGUUGGGGACCUGUCAGGUGUCACUCGUUGACUCGAAAUCGACCAGCAGGUUAUCGAGGGGUGUUUAGAUCGCCUUUCAUCCAAAAAAAAAAAGUCUAGUUUUUUUCAUCAUCUUGCACUAUAAAACUAAACACUAUACAAAAGUUUUAGCAAAAUGGUUGCUAUUUUUUAUUUUGGAUUUUAGCUUUAAGAGGUUAAAGAAAACUAAAAGUGCCUCAAGAGAUCAUAUUGAGAACAA